AGCGAAAUGAUACCGAUGAAGCAAAUGAAAUCUUAUCUGUUUUACCAACUUAUGUUAAUCUCAGUGAUUUUAUUCAUGAAUCAUAUAUUACAUUGAACUCUGAUGAUACCAGGUCUGGAAGUACUAGUGAUUCUGAAGACCCAGGAAUUAUUAUAUGA